AUGAAUUCAAGAGUGUCAUUUGGUAUCAAGAACAUUUUCUCUCUAGCAUCUCGUGAGCGAUGUAUGACCAAUUUCAAACGACUCACCAUUCCAAGAUACGGCAAGAUCCCUACAGACGCAGGGUCCGUAUUAGUUCCAGUUUGUAAAGUAGGUGACAAGCCUUCAUUGUUAUACACCGUCCGCUCCACAAACCUUAGAACCAACAGCGGUGAAGUUUCCUUCCCAGGUGGAAGAACUGAUCAGGACGAGUCCCCCGUGCAGACAGCCUUGAGGGAGACUUACGAAGAAAUCGGAUUGCCGCCAGAUAAGAUAGACGUAUGGGGCCAGGGCCCUCCACUCCCUGGCCGGAAUAAUAAGAUCAUGAUCACUCCGGUUAUUGGCUCCAUAGAGACUUUGUCUCAUGAAGAUUUGACUAUCAACGUAAACGAGAUUGCCGAAGUAUUUACCGUUCCCAUUGAGAUGCUUUGUGAAUCUAAGAAUCAAUUUUAUACUCAAUUCAGCAAUGGAUUCAUAUUGCCCGUUUUUGUGAUUGAAGAAUAUAAAAUUUGGGGAAUUACUGCCUACAUAACGCAUUCAUUUUUAAGUUCCGUAUUGACUAAAGAUGUUUAUAAAAAUGACUGGAUGAAGAAAAAGAUUGUCUUGGACAAGGUCACUGAUAAAUAG